UCAAUCCGUGCCUGAUGUGAUCAAGGUUGGAACAGGAUGCAUCCACGUCUGGAAGCGGCGAUCAGGAGAACUGAGAUCAGGAACUCAAAGCGGCCCGUAGUGCGGCGCUCUACAGGCGUGCUGAAGUUGUCGAAAGCAUUUUCAAAACGUCCUUGUCUGUAGUAUAACGAGAAAUGCCCUCGUUCGUAGACGUUUGUACGUUCCCCGAAUUCCAGCACAUUUUGGAGCUGCCUAUCGAGCACGUCGUCACCGAGGCCAGCUUUGCCGAUGCUCUCAAUGAACUCCCCACUCUGAUUGAGGACUGGCAGCAGCGAAGGGAAUCUAGGCUGCGAGCCAUGGUCCCGCCUCAGGAGAGUAGACACAUCGAUCCUUUGAAGUUGGCAACAACGGUUUUCUCCUGCAAACGCUGCUGUGGUGCUAUCAUCACAAAUGCAGAUAUUUGGUGGCACCGGCGUGUUAACUCUUGCAGACCAGGGAGAAUAUAUUACCAAGAUUGGGCGACGAACGUCGAUGAUCUGUAUGGCAAACUGGGAAACAAGGAACUCUUCUUUGAUACGAAGCGAUCCGCCGUGACUGCUUCUCUACUACGUCUAGCUUCUUGUAAUCCUACUAUGACAAGCGCGGAGGAGAUGGAUAAUCUGGAUCUCUAAUUUCUUUGUACGGACGAUCCCAUCGACGUAUGUGGUCUCGCCGACGACGGAACAAAUGGGUGUUGCGGGCGUCCUAUCCUCUCAUGGCACGAAUGC